AUUGGUUCCCAAGUCAGGUCUGAGGCGCACCUAGCUGUAGCUUGUCUCCUUCCUCUUUCUACUCAUUCAUUAAUUUAUUAACCAAGACGAUGGUGGAUAUGAAGCAGCGUUAAAGUCUUUAUUUUAAGGCGUGCUGUCCCAGCUCUUUUCCGGCCGGACUUUCCUCUAUAUAUAUCACCUUGAGCUUAUUUCUGCUCUUGCCUUGCUCAGUGUCUCUCAGGGACUCUCAGCCUGCUCUCCCUCUGUGCUAAAACAACUUCUGCACUCACCAAAUUCAAGAACCAUGGCCCAGCAACAACAGAUAAGUCUACCAGCCAAACUGAUCAAUGGAGGGAUUGCAGGCAUGGUAGGAGUCACCUGUGUGUUCCCAAUCGACUUGGCCAAGACGCGCUUGCAGAACCAGCGCAGUGGGCAGCAAAUCUACAAGAACAUGAUGGACUGCCUAGUGAAGACAGUUAAAUCUGAGGGCUACUUUGGCAUGUACAGAGGUGCUGCAGUAAAUCUAACCCUGGUAACCCCAGAGAAAGCCAUCAAACUAGCUGCUAAUGAUUUCUUUCGCCACAUGUUGAGCAAAGAUGGUGGUAAGUUGACAGUGUUCAAGGAGAUGUUGGCGGGAUGCUGUGCGGGGAUGUGCCAGGUCAUUGUCACCACACCCAUGGAGAUGCUCAAGAUCCAGCUGCAGGAUGCAGGCAGGAUAGCUGCCCAGCAGAGAGUGAUGCCCGCUGUUGUAACAACUCUGAAGAUGGGCAGGGCCAGCGCAGUUCUUAGCCGUUCCUAUAACACCGUCCCUGGGCCUCAAGCCAUGCGAACUUCUGCCAUACAGAUCACCAGAGAGCUGCUGAGGACCAAGGGUGUUACAGGACUAUACAGGGGUCUUGGGGCCACAUUGAUGAGGGACAUCCCGUUCUCUGUUGUGUACUUUCCUCUUUUUGCACAUGUGCACCAGCUUGGCCAGCAUUCAUCUGACGACCCAUCCGUCCCUUUCUAUUGGUCCUUUUUGUCUGGCUGCUUGGCUGGAUCCAUCGCCGCUGUGGCUGUCAGUCCUUGUGAUGUUGUCAAAACAAGGCUCCAGUCACUCAGAAAAGGAACUAAUGAAGAAACGUACAGUGGCGUGGUGGACUGUAUCAGGAAGAUCCUGAGAAAAGAGGGUCCUGGAGCUUUCCUCAAGGGAGCUACUUGCCGGGCCCUUGUCAUAGCCCCGCUCUUUGGCAUUGCACAGGUUGUGUACUUUGUGGGUGUUGGAGAGUUCCUGCUGGGGUACACACCCUACAACAUCUGCUCUGCAUAAAAAAAAAAAAAAGCUGUUUCCAACCUUUGCUGGUUUAUUAAAUUACAGCAGCUAUGCCCCGAGUGUAGCAAUGGAUCCAGCUCUUUGUGUACCUUCUUUAUUGUUGGAGGUUUCGAGUAAAAUGCUAAAUGGAUCAUAGAUAUGCCAUUCAUUUUAAAAUGGUCUAAAAAUAUGACUUUAGCAUGAAGAUCUCUUUUUUUAAGAGACUGAGGUUGAAGUUUACCAGUCUGUGCUUCACUGGAUCUUUCUGGGAGACAGAGCUUUCCUCACCUGCCCAGAGCUCUGCUUCAGGGGCACCAGACUAUUCACUGCUUUCUCAGCUUUACUCCAUCACCUGCCUUUCAUUGCAACCCUAAUCUGGUUUUCCAUCUAACUGCUCUAUCUUGGCAACUAUGAGGUGAUGGUAUUUAAUGUUAUGAAGAGACAUAACUGUGCCAAUUAGCAUAAAACAAUAGUGGUAGAACAUUUUUACUUCACUUCCGUCCUGUUUUAAGAGGAUAAAUAAAAAAGGGGCAUAACCUCGUCCCAAAUUCUGUCAGCUAGGGAUGAUGGUUUAGAAAAGAUGAAGAAGAAACGUUUGGUCAAGAGGUCUCCUGUUCCCCGUUCUCGCACCACAUACACAACUGUGAUUGAUCUAAAGUGAAUUUUAGUUUUGAGCGCGCACUGUGAGUCUCUUCUACACAACUCUGUGUAUUUUUUGUUUGUGUUUUUUAACUCUGCAAAUAAAGCCCAACAAGGCCACCUGCAGCUGACUUUAGAGAACCACAUUUUUGUGGUAAAGGAAAUGUUGUUUAAUGGUAAAGACUUUAUUGAUGGAUUCAUUUGGCAUUUGGGACCAAACGUGGAAGAAAAAAGGUGCUACAUGACCUACAUGUAGCCAUGUUCUCUUAGUCUGUUGUGGUUGUCUGUCUGAUUUCUAGCUGUCAGAGAUGCAGGAGCACACACACAAUGACAUGUUAGGCAUUCAGAGGCAGUAAACAGUGUAAUGAUAGAUUCUCUGCCUGCUCGACCUUUUCAUGGGUUAAAGUCAUUUAAACUGUUCUACCAAUGUAAAUAUGCAGGUUUUUCUUCAGUUUUCUCAAACUGUGCAAAGUGGCGCUAAAUUAGAGCAGUUUUUUGUAAAUACAUAAAUGCUGAAUAAAUGUCUGUAAAUGCA